CAUGCCAACCGGGCAGAAGCCGCGGAGCGGCAGCAGUGGCGGGGAGGUUAACGAGCUCGGUGUGGGCCGUGCAGCUGGAGGGGCCGGUGGGGAGAGGCCGUUUGCUGCCGGCACACACCUCAGCCUGGGCUGCGAGAUGGAGAACGACAUCCUCGAUUCACUGGAGGACCUGGGAUACAAGGGUCCACUACUGGAUGAUGGAGCUCUCAAUUUGGCAGCCGUUGGUGGGGCAGCUUCUCCAGAAUACACUAAGCUAUGUGCCUGGCUUGUAACAGAACUGAAAACUUUCUACAAGCUGGUAGAAAAUGUCAAUGCAACAGCUAGCCCCACAGAAGCUGAAGAGUUUCAGCUAGAGAUGAGCGGUUUGUUGGCUGAGAUGAAUUGUCCCUAUUCUGUUCUAACCACUGGAGAUGUCACAAAACGCCUCCUCAACAAAAAUAAUUGCCUUUUGCUGCUCACUUACCUGAUUUCUGAGCUUGAAUCUUCACGAAUGCUUGGUGUGCACAACCCGCCAAAGAAGCAGUCAGAUAAAACCAGCCAGUCGUUCAUGGAGCUGAAAUCCAUAUGUAUUACUCUGGGUAUGUCCAAGCCCCCAGAUAACAUCACCAUGUUCCAGUUCUUCAGUGGGAUUGAGAAAAAGCUUAAAGAAUCUCUGUCAAAAGUGCCCCGAGAUCAUGUCGGAAAACCUCUGAUAAAGAAAGCACUUGGACCACUUCACUGGGAGAAAUUAGAAGCUAUCAAUCAGGUCCUGGUUAACGAGUAUGAAAUUCGACGAAAGAUGUUGCUGAAGCGAAUGGAUGUAACCAUACAGUCAUUUGGCUGGUCUGAUCGAGCUAAGACUCAAACUGAAAAACUGGCCAAAGUCUACCAGCCCAAGCGUGCAGCUUUGAGUUCAAGAAGUACCAUUUGUGUGGCACAUCUGCUAGCUGCCCGCGAGGACCUGUCUAAGAUUAUGCGAACCAGCAGUGGCUUAAUCCGAGAGAAGACUGCAUGUGCUGUUAAUAAGGUACUUAUGGGACGAGUGCCAGACAGGGGCGGCAGGCCAAAUGAAAUUGAGCCCCCUCCACCAGAAAUGCCACCGUGGCAGAAGAGACCAGACAAUGUCCAGUCCAGCAGUGGACGUGGAAGAGGUGGAUAUGACCAAGGGUCUUAUGGAGGAGGUGGAAGAGGUGGAUACGAACAAAGUUCCUAUGGAGGAGGUGGAAGAGGUGGAUAUGACCAUGGCUCUUAUGGAGGAGGUGGAAGAGGUGGAUAUGAACACAGUUCUUAUGGAAGAGGUGGAUAUGACCAAGGCUCUUAUGGAGGAGGUGGAAGAGGCGGAUAUGACCAAGGCGGGCGAGGUGGGGGCCGUGGUGGAUAUGAUAGGACAGAACAAGCAGGACGUGGCGGAGGCAGAGGAAAAAUUCAAGGCGGAUGGUCAGACGGAAGUGGCGGCCAUCAAGAUUCUAGCUAUCAAGGGGGGCAUGGCAGUUACCAUAGUGGCGGUUACCACAGUGGUGGCUAUCAAGGCAAUGCUGGUUACCAAGGAGGUGGCUACCAUGGGGGUGGUGGAAGCUAUCAAGGAGGUGGUUAUCAAGGGGGUGGCUACCAAGGACAUCAAGACAACCGGAAUCAAGAUAGCAGCCACGAGCAGGGUGGUGGUCGAGGUGCAGGACGUGGAGGUCGUGGUCGUGGGGGUCGUGGAGGGCGCGGGGGACAGGGUGGUGGGUGGGUCAACAGAGGUGGUCUAAACUAUAACCAGGGAGGGCAGUUUGAGCAAUAUUUCCAGCAUGGUGGCCAACAAUACAAUGCUUCUGGUUUCUAUCAAGGUAGGCAGUAUUCUAGCUAAUAUUUGAUAGCUUUGACUAUUGUCUUCUUCCUGCAAGAGUCACAGACUCAGCCAUAAAUAGUUACCAACUGUCGAAUGCCACUAAAAUCCAGUACCUUGUAUUGAAUCAGCAGUGCUGCAGAUUUGUUUGUUAAACAAAGGGAAGCAAAACCACCCACCCUGCUUUCAGCAGGAGUGAAGGCUUGUGAUUCUAAGUCUUUCUGUUUUGACCUCCCAUCCCCACUCUUCAUAAAAUGGGUUUUAGGCUUAAAACUGUACUUAAAGCGCAGCAAAAAAAAACUGCUUCUCUGCAUGUGUGACUGUCACUGGCAAGAUUAAAACUCUUUUUAUUUUUUGAAAGUGCACUACAGACCGAGCAUAUAAGCCCCGACUGAGCCUGGAAGCUUCCUUUUCUAAUAGACUGGUGCUUUUAGCAAAACCUUUGCAGAGCUCACAUUUCUCUAAUGUCCUGUAUUAAGCCACGUGGUAACUUCCAGCUGGCUGUUAAUUGUACAUAACUGUAAACUUCACAAGCAGAGUGAAUGACAGUCUGAAAGAUGAGCAAUUAAGUAUCUGUGUGCUGUUUUGCUGUUUGAAAUUGUUGGAUUUUAGUUAAACACAGUUCAUGGAUGAGGGGAGGUAUCAAGAGGAUUUCAGUACCAACCUUUUAUUUAAAUGUGUGUAAGAAAGUGUGUGUAUGCAUAUUUGCAUUUUUACCCAAACAUUGAAUUGAGAAAUUUGUGGUUUGGGUGACACCCAUGGUUUUUUUGCGUUUCUAACUUAUAAUGGUUGAGAAGUUUACUGUAUGUCAUCCCUUUUGCAAAUGUGUGUAGUUUGAAAGCUGCAAAGGAUAUUCAGCACAGAAAGGGCUAAUGUGUAGGUUUAACUAAUUCAGCCUUAAAUUAUGCACAAUGCCUAUAAUUCUACAGACAAUUUGAAAAUAUUGGCCAAAAAUGGCUGACUGUAUUUGUAAAAUACUAAUUGUUUUUGUUCCCAUUGAAAUAUUGGCAAGGGCCUGAUCGUACAUGGCAUACUUCAUUAUUUGGAAGUUGAGGCAGUUGCUGAAUAUAACCCAUGGUCAAAGAGCUGGAAAUAAAAGAAAAUGUGAAACAAGUUA